CUUUAUGAGAGAAUCUGCAAAUCUCCGAAUAAUGAGCACCUCCUUAAACUGAGCACUUUUUGCCGGUCCCGAUGGCGCUCAGAUUAAAGAGGUUUUACUGUAUUUCUGUUUUCUGAAUUUAGGUUUUCCAAUUAUUAUGUCGAGCUAUAAUUUCAGUCGUAACAAUGGUGAUCAAGGACCACCGUCAGAUGACUUCGGUAAUACCAAUAGUGUUUCUAUUUCGAAUCUGACUUGCACAGACAGAUGGAUAUGUGAGCAUCGUUGGCGACAAAUCUACAAUAUGGUUGGUUUCCGUAAUACAGCCAAAUUUGAACAGGUUCGAAAGUGGUGGGAUAAUGGUAACAAUCAAAUUGCUUUCGGACUUGGUGAUAAAGCUUUUAUUGCCAUAAACAAUGACAACUAUAAUCUAUCGCGAAUAUUAGAGACUGCACUUCCAGCAGGCCGAUAUUGUGAUGUAAUAUCUGGCCAACUCGAAAAAGGUCGAUGUACCGGGAAAAUCAUUAUGGUUCAAAGUGAUGGAAAAGUGGAAGUCAAUAUUGCUGAUACAGACGAAGACCCAAUGAUAGCAAUUCAUAUCAAUGCAAAAGUCUAA